AUGACUGAAACUAUCUCUACGGAAGGUCUGGAGAUUGUGGCAGAUAUCCUCGAAGAUAUCACAGAAAUAGUUUCUACUGAUGUACAGGUGACUGAGUCUAUUGUGGAUAUUGCAAGUAACAUUGCGGAUCUACCAGAAGAAGAGCUAGAAAUGGCUGAAGACGAGAGUGGUGCUCCAAGCCGUGUGGUUAUAUCCCUUGAGGCACAACUCGCUGUAGUUGAGGUUAUACAUGAAACUCUUCGGAUCGUAGAGCCCAAUAUUGCCGCAGAGGUACUUGAUGUGACUAUGGAUGAAAUCAGCCAGGGUAUAACCGUUUUUGUGUCUGCUACGUCCGAUGGAGAAAGCAUUUCAGAAGAUCAUUUUCAGGUGGCAGAAGGCGAUCUGACACAAGAGCCAGGGGCGCUUGAAGCCCAGGCGACCCUCUUCAUUCCAUCGGUCUUAGCGGAUAGGUUCUCCGGGGUGACGGGCCGGCUGGUCAUCACAACACAUUUGGACACGGCUCUCUUCAGGGACAAUGGACUAACGGAGUUGAAUCGGAAUCGAAACCAGACGGGAUUCACGCGAGAGUUGAAUUCGAGGAUCAUAGCGGCGUCGAUCAAUAACGAAGCAAUCGAAGACUUGGAGGAAACCGUGAUGAUUGCAUUUACUCCUAUCAAUCCGAAUGGGACAAAUGCCACGUGUGUCUCUUAUGACUUUGAUAAUAAUCAAUGGUCCACGCGAGGGUGUGAGAAAACAAGUAAUGGCAGCAUAGACAGAAUUACUUGCGAGUGCAAUCACCUUACCAACUUCGGCAUUCUCAUGGAUAUCUAUGGAUUAGAAGGAUUGUCGCCACAGGCAGAUUUCAUUCUGGAGAUCAUAAGUUAUGUUGGUUGCUGUAUGUCAAUAUUAGGCCUUGUCAUCACAAUCCUCACAUAUGCUUUAAAUAAGAAACUUCGUGAUCGGAAACCCAACCAGAUCAUUCUGUCCCUCUCCAGUUCCCUGCUCUGUCUCUACAUCGUCUUCCUGGUCAUGAUAUCUGUUGACACAGAACGAGGUGUGGAAGAAAUUCCUCCUCUGCCUUGCAGUAUUCUAGCUGGCUUCCUCCACUAUUUUACCCUGUCAUCUCUAUUCUGGAUAGGCGUCGAGGGCUACAACAUGCAUAUUCUCUUCGUUCGAGUUCUCAAUACGUAUCUACCCCAAUUUAUGAGGAAGGCUUCACUAGUUGCAUGGGGUGAGCCACCAUCCAUUAAUUAUCUGAUUUUUGACUGUAGAUUGGAAGCCUUUUUGCCGAAAUGUGUUACCAGCAUGAUCGAGAAGGCUUCCGAAAAAAUCACCUGUUGA